AAUUGUCCGGAUCUUAAGAAAUCCUAAUGGUCACGGAAUGAAUUGUAAGAUGUGUAUGCGUAUUAUUAUUGUUGAUUACUGACACGGCAGUAGUCGUGUGUUUGUGAAAUCCCCCCACCUACGUGUUUGUUAAUAUGAGUCUAAGUGUACACGCUGACACAUCAUCAGAGGAGGAGAUAUCCGCGCUUCAUCCCGAAGUUACUUUCGCUCCGAGAGAAAAUAACUAUCACGAGUACAACAGUCAUGGUCCUAGGUCUCCGACUAGGGGGACGGGCACCAAGGAAAGCUCCCCCUUACUUGGACCUAAAUCAGAGCACCAUGACAUAGGAAUAUGGAAUAAUUUCCCUGAUGAUCCUAAUUUUCAAGAGACAAUACGGAUAGCAGAAGACUCGAUCGAGCAUGGGAUGCUACCACAGAGAAUAUACCAGGGAUCAAGUGGCAGCUAUUUUGUGAAGAAUAAGGAAGGGAAAACCAUAGGUGUGUUCAAGCCAAAGGACGAGGAGCCCUACGGUCAGCUGAAUCCCAAAUGGACCAAGUGGAUGCACAAGCUGUGUUGUCCAUGCUGCUUCGGCCGCAGCUGUCUGGUGCCCAACCAAGGGUACCUGUCCGAGGCCGGCGCCAGCGUGGUGGACCAAAAACUGGGACUCAACAUUGUCCCCAAAACCAAAGUUGUGAAGCUAGCAAGUGAUACAUUUAACUACAAUGCAAUAGACAGGGCAAAAGCAGUCACAAAGAAGAACAUCCGAGAUCAUGUGCCAGUGGUCGGAAAACGCUUCAAGAGGAUAGGCUUGCCACCGAAGAACGGGUCAUUCCAAACGUUUGUGAAUGGUUUUAAGGACGCAGAUUACUGGCUACGGAAGUUUGACAACGAGCCUCUACCAGAAACCACGUCUAAAACAUUCCAGCAUCUAUUUGAGAAGCUGGUUGUUUUAGAUUAUAUCAUUAGGAAUACAGAUCGAGGCAAUGACAACUGGUUAAUAAAGUAUGACAUAACAACAACAGCACAAGACAGCAGAGAGGACUCGGAAUGGAGUUUAGUGGAGAACCCUGAGAUAAACAUAGCGGCGAUAGACAAUGGUUUAGCAUUUCCCUACAAACAUCCUGACGAGUGGCGAGCAUACCCCUACCAUUGGGCAUGGUUGCCACAGGCCAAGAUCCCCUUCUCCCAGGAAGUGAAGGACCUUGUGUUACCUCAGCUGGCUGACAUGAACUUUGUACAAGAUCUCUGUGAUGAUCUCUUUGAACUCUUUCAGACUGACCAGGGUUUUGACAAGAGCACAUUCGAGAAACAAAUGUCUGUGAUGAGGGGACAGAUCCUGAAUCUGACCCAGGCCUUAAAGGACGGCAAGUCUCCGGUGCAGCUGGUGCAGAUGCCUGUUGUCACGGUGGAGAGGAACCGAGCAGGUCUGGCUCGGACACUCCUUGACAGCGACACAUUCACGCAAAGUUUUGCUCACCGAGCACCAUUCUUCUCCUGGUGCUGACGAAAUUGUUAUCCUAAAAUACUAAGUCUUGUGAUAAAAUAUCUGUCUACAUUAAAAUGAGGUAUACCUAUCCUGAAACUAUUCAGGAGGUAAGCUGACUGUCUCUGGUUCAACGUGUGGUGAUAAGCUGUGUGUGCGAGUAUGCUCAGCAUGUUUGAUGGACUCAGGCUUCAGCAGCAGAAGCAGUACCAGAGCUUGCUGGACUUAGUAUUAGCAUUGUACAUUCUUGUACCUGGACUCAUACCUUCAUGCUUUAGCCCCCCUAUAACACAAAUAAUAUAUUUUCUGCAUUAUGGCCCUCUAGCAUCCCUGAUUGUCAUUAUAAUAUCGCAGUCUCCAUGUAUGUAAUCUGUAAUAUGAAACAUGUUCACAAGGCUACAACAAACUGAUUACUUGUUUGUCAGAAAUUGUUGAAUCCUCUUUGUCAGACAAAAGUGACUUUUAGGUUUAGAACACAAAAUAUACAUGAGGCUAAACAAAUGUUCUUAAAAUCUUAGAAUAGGAGAACCAAUCUAAUCAAUUUGAUCACUGAUAUUCCAUGAGAUGAUAUGAUGAUAUCGUCCUCUGUAUUUUGACUUUGGGGGAAAUUUUGAAAAACAAGUAAUCACUUUGGAGUGCUCUAACUGCCAUAAUAGUACACCAUCUGUAUUAUCUUAAUUUUACAACAAUCAUUAUGUCAAAUAUUUAAGAUGAUUUCAUUUUCACAUGAGUGAAAGUUUUCCCUAACACCAGAAAUACAUGUAGGUCAUUCAAAGAAAUACAGGUAUGCCUGAGAUUUUAUGAAACCAUUGUAGGAUGUAUUUGCAAGCGAUUUUGUUGUUGAUAUUUUGUUCAGUGCCAAUGACAUGCCAAGGAUAAUAACCUCAAGUUUAAGGGAAAACAUAGCAAUAGUCUAGCAUCACAGUUGCUGCUUCUGCCAUAUAGUUGAGGGAUGUACCUUGACCUGCUCAGAGGCCAAUAUUAGGCCCCAAGUCAACAGCGAAUGUCACUAGAAUCAUAUAUACUGUAUAUUGCCGCAUAUAAAGAGACAUCAUGUAUAACACAUACCAUCAAAUUCAAUGCUAAUUUUUAUCAGCCAUCGGACACAUGUUGACAUCACCGGUCAGAAAACCGUGAGAUCCUGUACCCCGUGCAUGAGGUGUCCCUCCUUCAAACCCUUCUAGGUACAAGAAACUCGCCUUAUACAUACUCCCUGGAGGUAUUCACUGAAAGAAAAUCAUGGUAUAAAUUGAGGCAAUAUAGGUUGGCCUUUCAUUGUCAGAAGUAAUUUGGAUGUUUGAAAGAGCUGAUGGCCAUAGGAUGGAAUAUGUUUGUUCAGAUGUAUCCUAUCUAGUGAAAUUAUAAUGCCCAGAAACAACACAUUGAGGUGUGAUAUAUCUGUCCUUCAUCAUACUUUGCAUUUUGAGAGUGGAAGCAGUGAAACUGGUCAAGUUAUACCAAAUCUUAUGUUCUGGUUCUAAGUGUUACAAAACCAUGUAUGGAGUAGUUUGAUAUUUGUUGUGAACAGUUUACGUUUAUUAGAUGUAAGACUUCAGCAAACCUUCAGACAUGUUUGCCAUUCGGUGCGUCAAUAAGAGAAAUAUACACCAAACUAACAGUGAAGCCAUAUGACCAUACUUAAAAUGAUAGAAAGCAUGUAGCCAAUCAGACAAUUUUUAGUAACCUUGAUGGUAGUGCAAUUCUUUCAGAUUUGUAAGAUAUGUUGGGAGAAUCCUCCCAUUUCUCACAAGAGUUAUGUUAUAGUGGAUCUGGUCUGGAUCCCAAACCUAUCUAUAAAAGAUGUGUCUUGGAUUAGAUGAAGCUGAUGUUAUGGGAGCUGUGCUCCAAUAAACUGAAGGCCUCGGAAAGGGCACAGAUAUAACUUACGCCAACUUUCCAAUCAAUGAACUAUUGCCAUGUUUGAAAGUUCUACAAUGUGGUAUUAUUGCAAAGCUUUUGACCAAAAAUUUGCAAUAGUUGUAGUAAUACUUUCACUUUGUGCUUUGCAAGUAUGUUUUCAUAAAAUGUGAUUCAAGAUGGCUGUCUAAAUAAUACCUUUUUUCAGUUUUGGAAAGUUUUAAUGAGUAACUCUUCCACCCCAGUUUGUUUGAAGCCACCAUAUUAUGUUCCCCUGGUAACAAGAGACUGCCAUGGAGACAAGAUUUUGUUUGUACAUUUGGGUAUUGAAGGUUCAAUAUGUGUCACAGGGGUGGAAAUAACUUUAAAAUUGCUAGUGUCUUCCAGUACAGUGGCACAUGUAAAAUCACUUGCCUUGAUAAUUUUACCACUAUACUGGCAGUUUUCUUGUUGAUUUUUUACAUAAACAACAUAAUUAAUGUUGGAAAGUCAACUGGACACCGGUACAGUGUAAUAUACAAAUUUGCUUGCCCAACAGAAAAAAAACACUGGACUCGGACAUCAGGCAAUGGGUUAUUUCCACCCCUGUGUAACAAUAUACUGUGAUACACAGGCCGUAUUGAGAUACUUAUCACAAUACAUUCUAAAUUCUAAAUUCAGAAGUGAUGUGAAAUAUUGCAUAAAUUGAACAAAACAAGAUGCUGGUGAUAAUUUUUAUUCAAUAUUUAUGCAAUAUACAUUGACAAGAAGUCCAGGAAAUGAUAUCACACUGGUCAUCCUUUCACCUCAUUGCAACGUGGAAACAAUGCAUGGACACACCGCAAUGUUUGGUUCUUUACACAUGAUAAAAAAUUGCUAUAAGAAACCACCCAAUAAACCAAGCAUUUAGAAAUAACAUUGUGAUAUGUAUCGUGGAAAGCUUGAACCUCAACAUACUGUUACACCAACAAUACCAGGAACCCUUAUUUGGUUGAUUGCAUUUCAUCAUAUUAAUCAAUUGCCGUGAUUCUAGUCCAGACUUGUUUUUUACUGAACGCCAUCAUGUAACUGGAAUAUGGGGGAGUGUGCCAAUAUAAAACAACAAACAGUGGGGAACUUGAAAACAACUCCAUUAUUCACAUCAGAUAACAUUACAAACAUUGUACUGUGGAAGAUCUUUUCUGAUCUGGUUUGAAUGUGAAUUGUUGUCAUAUUGUCAUUCUUGUGAUCUUACUAGCAUUGUCAGUUGAUUGACUGAGCAUGUGAUUUAAGGCAUAAUUGAUGUAAUAGUAUAACAGUUGAUUGGUGGAAAGAGAUGGCUGUGAUGUUUUUGUUCCUGGAAUGAAUAACACAUUUGGUUCUUGAAUGGAUGCUGAGAGGUAAUCUGAUCUUGUUUUCAAUGUAAAUGUAUGCUUUAGUAAACUAAGUUCUUCAGAUAUCAGAAGAGGGAUCAAUGAAAAGACAACUCCAUUUGAAGGGGGUUUCAAGAUGUACCGGUAUGCUCAUAGUAAUCAUCUGUGUCCUGUCAACCAUGAACAUCAAGCAACAAGAAACUGGCUAUUUUGGAACAAAAUGAAAAUAUUUGACAUUAAUUAAUAUAAAUAGGACACAAUAAUAGUGUCACACUUUUAAUCUUUCAGACGACAUGUUUGAUAAAUUCUUAUCGCUUUGUUUUUCGUGGCAAUUUAUCUAUCAUUGGAUAAAAAUGAAUGACAAGUUGAAAGGUUUAGAUGUUUGGCAGUACCCUCCUUUCUCUGUUGAGCGUUCUACAUUAUGAGAGUGUUCCUGGAUGCAUACCCAGUAUGACAUAAUUCAGGGCUUAAUCAAUACAAGAGCGGUAUGGGGCCGGGUGUAAGAAGUAUGACCAGGGUGUCACAAAGAGAUCUCAGCACAAGGGGAUCAUCACUCCCAUACCUUAACACAGACUUUUGUCUCGGUCAAGUGCUCUGUGCGAAUGAAAGAUGUCCUGACCUGAAUACAUUCACAAAUAGUACGAUAAUUAUUCAGAGCUUAAUCAGUACAACAGCUGUAUGGGGCAGGGUGUAGAAAGUAGGACCAGGAUGUUGUUGUACAAAGCGAACUUAGUGUGUUCGUAACUCUUGUAUCAUUAAUGUAGACUUACAUUUAUAACACUGAGGUAGUUUUGUAGAACGACACCCAGAGCAUUAGCAGCAUGUAGAAACUGCUUGUGAUGGGGUUUGGGGAGCCAUCCAGCCAUGUAUUCUGUUGACUGCCACGUCUUUCACAAUGAAACAUUUAGUUGAUGAUUGUUGCCGAUGGUUGCAUCCAUCAUGUCUUCAGAGAGGGCGGGAUUUGUUUAUGUUUGUGAUGUUUGUUGGCGUCUUGUUUGUAUUAUAGCUGAUAUUGAGUAGUGCACAUGAAGGCAGGGUAGGGGAGAGGGUGUAGGUCCAGAUGUUGAAUUCAGACCAGGCAAGGCAGACAUUUUGUUUUGUUAUCUUUAACAGUGUUAGCAAGAGCUUUUGUUAUUGGGUUUGUCCUGUUAGAACUUGACCCCUUCAGCUAGUGAAUAGUACAGUAACACAUUAGCUGUGUCUUCUAUCUGGCGCUGGCUUCGGAAGCAUUUUCAUUGUAUAAAAUCAAAUACCUGCCACAAUGGUAGAUGGGAAGUAGAGACAGAUCUGAUGCUAAACUCUUCUUCCAUGUUGCCAUUCGUUGAUAUUGUCUUGAAAUUGUCAGAAAGAAACCAGGAUUUAUUUCAUCAUGACUUACGAUGAAGUAAGAAGUAAGAUUUAUUAUAUAUAUUGUUAUAUCUUUAGUGUUCAAUUUCAUGUAAAAAUUUCUGCUUUAUCCAACAACAUGAAUUAUCACUAAACCUAUCCUGUUCAAACAGUGAUCUGGCUAUCUCUUAUUGUUACAGGUAAUAAUGAACCAUUGUAAACAAAAAGUGACAUGGCCACCCCAUUUUUAUGGAUGGCUGUGGAGAAGAAAGAGUCGAGAUGAAAUAGGGUUUUACCAUCAUAUUAAAGCUUAUUGCACUGAUGAAGUUCUGUGCAUGCAUGCGUGCGUGCGUGUGUGGCUGCUUGCAAUAUCCUUUCCUAGUGGCAGUCUCAUAGUGCCAGCCCACUGAUGUACCAUGCCACAUACUGACUCCCAAGCCGACCAGUCAUUGUUCUAUUCCUUUGAUGCUGAUUGUCAGCCAUGGUAACAAGUACCAUCUUUCAAUGUCUUAUGACAAAGUUGGGUAUCAGACCCCCAACCUACCUCCCUAAAGGCAGAAGCUCUGAGGUUUACAUGUUUAAAUAUGGCAAUAGGACUUAAAAGUUUGAUCUUAGGGUUGGUUGUGCAACAAGAAGGAUGUUGAUAACUUCCCAGCAUGUUCCUGAAAACCAUUUCAGUUAUUUUCCCCUUGAUUGUUUCAGUGUUUUUGAGAAAUUUUCUUUUUCACUUUUUCUUUAAAUUGAUGUUUGUGACAGUGUUGGUUGAAAGGUUUCUCAAGAAUUAAGAUUAUGUUUAAAUCUUCAAGGGCCUUUAAGUCCUGUUAUUUAUUUAUAUCAUGGUAAGAGGCAUGCAUGGUAGUUAUAGGUCUUUUUUUUUUUUAAUGCAUCAUUUCAUUACAAUGACAUGUAUUACCCCUGUAUGGAUAUGUAAUCCAGGUACCUGAUGCAUAAUUCAACAAUAGGGGUAUAACAGUGUUUCAUAAGCAUGUUUUCAUUCAUGCUGCCAAAAUAUUUAGAAAUAUACAUGUCACCAAUUUUAUCAUUCCAAGCAAUGAACAAUCAUGCAUGAAAACAUCUUAUUUCUUCUUCAAUUAAAAAAUUAAUUUUUGACAUCAUGGUUUUGCUAAUAUGUUCCUUUUUCUAAAAGUCUUUACUUGAGAGCAAAAGUUGUAAAAAGUUUGCCAAAUUUGUUCCCUCCCUGACUUCAUAUCAACUCACCUGUUUAACCGAUCCUGCUUGCAAAUCAUUGUAAAUGACUGAGCUGAUGUAUUUGUCAACUCUGGACUUCUGUGUAUGGAGGCCAGGUCCUUCUGCUGUCUAAUUGCCUUACAGAACCAUGUAUAUACAGGUGUUCCCAUUUCAUUGUCACAGUGAUUGUCUUGAAUAUUUGUCUAUUUUAUCAUUCCAUGAACCAUUUAUUGUGUAUUGAUAUAUGUAUAUAAGAACUAAAGCUGUAAAUACUUAUUGUGAAUAAUAUUAAAUGUCUUCCUCAUUA